UUCGAAUUGAGCGGCUGGUUGACGGACGGACUGAGGACGGCUGUGCUGUGUGGUGGAGAACCGUGACGCUAUGGAGGCAGGGGAGUGGUCAGCUACCGAUAUCGCCUUGAAGACCGACACGGCCACGGUUCUCGAAUGUCUUCAGCGGUCAAUGGCAGACGAUGAUGACGAAGACUUCAAGCUGCCAAGUAAUAGCCUCAGCAGUUACUCAAAUCACUUGUCGAGAGAAUUAUUAUCAAGCCUUCCACCGGUGUCCGAACUUAAAGCGGACCUGUCACCAUAUUAUUCCGAACGUACACGCGAAGUUCGUCGCUCGACGGAAGGUCCUGGGAAUAUAGAUCUGAAGGCAGAUACGGGAUACAGGGUCACAACUGUACCAGAUCAUUAUGUUUCAUCGACAAAUACAGCCGCCGUUUCGGCUUACGAUCAGCAACAAGCAGCACAGGCUGCUGAUGCAACGGCUGCUCAGUUUCCAGCUGGGUCGGAUUUUACGACGCUUACCAAUGCCUCCAGCAGUCAAGCUUCAGUACAGGUGACAAGUGGCCAGAACACGAUUCAACAAUAUCAAAAGGUCAGCAGCACAAUUUGUAUUAACGAUAAAACGACAAGUGGUGACGUUCAAGACUACAAUCAGAGUCAGCACCGUCAGUCGUACCAACAGUAUAGUCACCAAUAUAGUUAUCAGCCUCAUCAAAAUCAAGGUCAUUUUCAGAGCUAUUACUACUCUGAACUACUGGUUCCUCCUCCGCCAUCGUACACGUCGGCUCCUUACCUUGCCGCUGGCACCGGGGAUGCCACUUACCAUCAGGACUCGUAUAGUCCGCAGUCCGGAAGGCAGUCGACAUCAUGUAUUCCUUCGGACCUUCAGCAGGUAACCCCUACGAUCCAGGAACUUGGCACUCCUAUACCAAAUGUACCACCUCCAAUAACACCGGUACCGCAAGUGGCUGACGCCACCGUUCCUACGACGCCCCUACAGUCGUGUCCUGCAACAGGAUCAGGGGUCUUCUACAGUAGUAUCGGAACAGGUGGUGUAGGGACCUCUCCCGCAACGACCCUUCAAGAUAUUGGUGGAUGUACACGGAAUAGUAACGGUGGCGCUGUUGUUCGCACCGCUGGUAGAGUACAUGAGAGCUCUCAUACUGGAUAUCAUGGGAGCCAAGUAUCCGCACCAAAUGAUUAUGGUGAUACCCCACAAGCGUCGGAAGCUUCAGCGGGGUUUAGUGGAACCCCACAGAGGACUGGAAUGGUCUCCGUUUCAGCUACGUAUGAGGCGCAAUUUAAUCAUAUAGGUUACCCGAACGAAAACGUUGCCACCCAACAGGCCAACCAUAGUGGGAUGAAUGCAUAUACUAACAACAGCAAUAACAUUAGCACUGAUACUACCAAUAAUGCGUACUCUUCAAGUAAUCAUUAUGGCCAUUAUAUUAGUAAUCAACACGUAGGUGAGUACCAUGGGGUACAGCCGCAACAGUGCAUUGCGUCAGCGACUAGUCACCAGGGUUUGGGGUGCAUUUCGCAGAUGAAGCCCACUGAAACGGUCACUGACUACCAAGGUAAUGCUAAUAGUAGUUACCAGCAUAGUCAAGAUGGAGAAAAUCAUCAGAUCCACCGAGACCAUCAAAACCAAAAUCAUCAAGACGCUCUCUAUCAUCAAGGACACCUCAAAUCGAAAUCGUCCAAAUCUGCACAGCAGCCAAUUACUACUACGACACCAGCAGCGGGUUAUAAUCACCACUAUCUUCAGCCUCCUGCCUCGCCCUUUCGUCAGACACAUCAUCAAACCAUUUCAACGAAUGAUCAAAUUGAUUACCAUAACAACAGUCAGAUACAACCACAACAACAUCAGGAUCAUGUGCAGCAGAACGCAGUCUCUUACCACAAUCUCCAUAAACCAGCUACUAGUGAACUAUCUAAGGCGUCAACUGCGACUCCCUUUUCAUCAUCUUCUUCCACCUAUUUCCAGCAGUACCAUUAUACAGUGGGGUAUCACGGCCAUUCUGAACAGCCAACUAAUGGCAUAUACCAGGAUGGGGUACCGUAUCCCGCUGGACAGCUUCACCAGGACCUUUCCGGAAUUCAGACACAUCAGCAGACCCAGCAGGAGUUGUCACAGCAGCCACGACAGCCGUUAGCCGGAUCCACUCAAACGCUCUCUGGGAGCAGCGCUGCACAAAUGUUCCACGACGCGCUUGAAUACAUUGCACCGGAGGUGAUCAGCGAAAAUAAAGACAGUCUCUUCAAUCCGAUUGCAGCACUGACAGAUACGUUGUUAGAGAAUAAUUUCGAUAUGACCUUUCCAGCCGACUAUCAGGAAACUUGUGAUACGAUUAUUCAUGGCACAUCGAUACAGCAAUGCACAGAAACUGCCGUAAAGCUUCCGGAUCAGCUAGCACGAAAGGAAACCAAAAAUCGAAAUCGUAAGAAGAAAAAAGAAAACAACCUCCUUGAGGUUAUAAAGGUAUACCGAUGCAAUGUGUGCGGUUUCAGGAGCAGCGAUAAACUUAAGGCACUUCGGCACACAAUUGAAUCGCACAGUCGGCCAAAACUCAACCGCCAGGCAAGGUUCGCCUGUGGGGCUUGUCAUCUGCACUUUGCGACCUUAGAUACGUGCUGCGAACACGUUGGAGAGAAGCACCCAGGAAUGGCCACCGCCGUUUUAAAGGAAGGUAAACUUUAUAAACAGGUGUUGAUUCAGCCAGAAAAGCGAGUCGCAAAAGUGACUAUUGGCUCAGGAACAACAGGUGGUCACUCAAAAACUGUUUGCGCUGAAUCCGAGGUACAAGCCCAUAAAAUAGCGUGGAAACGGAAGAUGGAUCGGGAACAAGGGCAAUAUACUUGUGAACUCAAAGGGUGCAGCAUACGCUUCCGCCUAGAGGAAAGUCAUCGCCAUCAUCUGCGCUGCCAUCUACCACACCCGUCAAAAUUGGAACGAUUCCGAUGUCCCAUAGAAAAGUGUGGCCUUGGUUGCAAACGCUGGUCGACCAUGGCAAAUCAUCUAUGGAAUUCGCACCGAAUCGAUCUUGAGCUUCAAGCUUGCAAUCGUUGCGAUUUUCGGACCUACAGUUUGGCGAAUCUAGAGAAAGUCCACAAACUUGUUCACGGCGAGGAGAAACAGUUUCCUUGUGAGCAGUGCCAAUCACGAUUCCGCACAAUCAAACAAUUGAAAAACCAUCGAUACAUGCAGCAUUCGCGAAAAGCCAAGAAGACUAAAACAGUUGCAUGUCCACACUGUCGGCAGGAGCUACUCAAAAAGAACCUCUUCGCCCAUAUCCGUCAGGUUCACGAGGGUCGACUGACGGAAAGAAAUUGCCCACAGUGUGACUUCAAAACUACAAGUCUAGCCGAACUUAAAUCACAUCUUAGUACUGUCCACCUCAACGAAUCGGGCGCUCACUGUUGUCAUCAAUGCGGCUUUUUAACGUACGAUCACAACGUGUACAGGAAGCAUGCUUUAAAACAUUCGGCCGACAAACCGUACAAAUGCGCCUAUUGUUCCUACGCUUCGAUACAGGCGACAACGUACAAGGCGCAUCUACGCAAAAACCAUCCAGAGAGAGCACAAGAAUUAAUUGCACGAUGUCCGCAUUGUCCCUUCGAGAGCAUCAGCUCGAGUCGGCUUCAGCAGCACGUAAACAAAAAACACAAUGGAAGCAAUAAUCUUACGACUAUCAUUAGCAACAACAGUGGCAAUCUUAAUAAUACUAGCACUAGUGUAGUUACGCCUGUGUCGGUUGCUCAUUUUUAAAAGAAAAGGCCAGUGACUUCUUUUCGUAUGUCAGGAUGGCUUGCUCUGACCAUCUUAGCUUAAGGCGAAUCUUUUCUCCCUCUACUAUAUAAGAGAUGUAUAUAGUUAUGUAUAAAUCAGCGUGAAUUGUUCCCUUUUUAAGAUCACUUCACAAGGUUAGCGACUAAAGCGAGAAAGACUAGAAUUAAAGUAUACAAGCGAACUCCUCGUUUCUUUGAAAGUUAGUGAACUAUCUAUCUUAUUUCAGAUAUUUUCUCGGAGCCCAUCGAAUUUUCAACUUCACAACUAAAAACUUCGAUCUUUACGAGGUAAUCCAAACCCAUCUAUUUAAAUUGGCUCAAUCGUGACUCGUAAAAAAAACAAGUUCGUUUGUAAUAAAGUGUCUCUUAAGCCAAGGACCAUAAAUGUCACCAAAAAUAGCACUACCUAUAACCACUGUGUAAGUUGACCACUAAAUUCUUCCUUAACCACUUCUGUCUCUAAUAUUCAACAUCAAUGUUUUAGAUGUUUACGGUAUUUUUCCUGUAUCAUUAACUGGGGUCUGGUCAGUCAUUUGAUAGCCUUGUACAUAUAUGAUAUAUAGAAAUAUAUACGCGCGAACUGACGUAAGUAAAAAUUUAGCAUUUAGUCGUCUUACACGUGCACAAGAAGAUGCAUCUAUGCGCGGCGCCUGACAGAACAUUGUAAUACUAAUGAUUUCUGAGUAUAUAUAUAUUCCAAACACAUGCGUGAGCUUAGAGAAAUAGCAGGUGGAUUAAAAGGUGCAAACGCGCCUUUCGUAGCAAUGGAUAAAUAUCCGUUAUCGGAUCAGGUCCAAUAAAAAGACGUUUUUAAUCUAGUCUUGUAUGAUGAGGCGUGCAAUCGUAUUCUUAAUGAUUACCAACAUCUUUGUAUACAUAUUGUACAAAAAUCUCUGUAUACAUAUUGUACAUAAUUUUCCUGUUACCAAAUGAGCAAAGAGUUAUGGUGUUGCAGAGUUUAACAAAGCUAACAAUAAUAUGAGACAUUUCAGCAUGUCCUGAGAUUUUUUCUGCCAAUAUUUCGAUAAAAAUUGCCUGCUUCAUUGAAUAGAAUCCUCCUGAUGUAGUCGGAGGAACUCUAUCUAUCUUUCACCAAACCGUAACUUUUGUUUGUAUAACUAUUAUGAUGAUCUAUGAAUAAAAUCACUUUACUUUCUAUUCUAAUGAUGUAAUAUCAGUUAUAUAAUAAA